AUGCGUGCGGCAGGCAACAGCACUCUGGGGUUCAACUCGAUCAAGUACAUCAACCUGCCGCACCGGUACGACCGAGCAGACGCCGCUAUGCUCCAGGCCUACCUCGCAGGCAUCGACCUAGAGGCGUACCCGGCCGUUGGCCCGGAGCAGAUCGUCGACGCCGGGAUGCCACCGUCGAGCAACCCGCGGGCGCUGAAAAGAGGCGAAAAGGGGUGUUGGAGGGCACACGCGAAUAUAUGGACCGAGAUGCUCCGGAACAGACUCCCGCCGGUGCUGAUCCUCGAGGCGGACGCGGCGUGGGACGUCAACGUGCGGCCCAUGAUGGCGCUCUUGAGUAAGCAGCUGAUGCGGCUGCUGCGCGAGUCCGGGUCGCGGCCGCUAUAUCAAGACGGCGACGGCGACGGCGGCGUGGGAGGACAGCAGCCUUCCAACCACCAUCAUCACCACUUCUCUACGCAAAAGCACCAGCACAGCCACCAACACCAUUCGCAAGAAGCAGGAUCAGACUCUAGCUUCAUCCAGUCAGACCCCGACGACCCAUGGCACUCGCAACACUGGGACAUUCUCUCCCUUGGCGCGUGCUUCGACGAGCCGUACAAGGUGGUGCACACAGCCAGGCCGCAGCCGCACGUGCGCUACGCGGACCCCUUUGCGCCGUCGGGCGAUGCCAUCUUCCGCGCCAUGGACUACCUGUACCGCGCCGACGACGGCAAUGACAACGGAUCGGGGGGCAAAGAGCCGCAAUCUGGCCCCUCGGCACAGCCACAGCCGCAGCCCCGGCAGCAGCAAGCGCCCCCCCUAACAACCGACAGCGACACUGCUCCUCCUCCUCACCGCCACCAUCCCCCCGAACCCAACAGAAAUAACAACAGCAGCACAGCAGGCCAGCGCACGGUCCACCGCAGCGGCGGGCCGGUGUGCACGACAGCGUACGCUAUCACGCAACGCGGAGCGGCCAAGCUGCUGCUGCGGACAGCCAUGAACCUGAACGCGCCCGUGGACAUGAUCGUGCGGGACGUGGUGCAGCGGGGCGAGGUGGUGGCGUACGGGGCGGUGCCAACCGUGUUUGCGCAGUGGCGAUACGGGGAUCGCAUUGGGCGCAGGCGCAGCAAGAACGGAGAUGGAGACGGGGACGGGGACGGGGACGGGGACGGGGACGGGGAUAUAUACCGCGGGCGAGGAGAAGGAGAGGAUGACAGCCAGCUGGAUAGCAGCAGCAGAAGAAGAGACGGGGCUGAAAGCAAGGCAAACAGAAACAGCGACGAUGACGAAGAGAACCUCACGGGCUGGGACGAAGCAAUGCGCACCAAGACCGUGUGGGGUCUAAAAUCAGAGCACAUCCACGCGGCGUUCAAGGAUAUGGCGCUUGAGGCGGCGUGGGCGCGCAUCUUUUCGACGAGGCGGGACAUGCAACCAGCUGAGGAAGAAGAGAUGGCAGACCAAUAA